CUUCAGCACCUUCAGCUCAAGUGGAGGCAAAGAGGAUGAAACUGAGAAGGUGAACAUUUUCUCCGUGGCGUCUGGGCAUCUGUACGAGCGUUUCCUGAGGAUCAUGAUGGUGUCUGUCCGACGCCACACAAAGGCCCCAGUUAAAUUUUGGUUCCUCAAGAACUUCCUAUCUCCAAACUUCAAGGAUAUUCUGCCACUCCUUGCCAAAGAAUAUGGCUUUGAGUAUGAACUGGUCCAGUACAAAUGGCCCAGAUGGCUCCACCAACAGACAGAAAAACAGCGCAUCAUUUGGGGCUACAAGAUUCUCUUCUUGGAUGUACUUUUCCCCUUAGAUGUUAAGAAGAUUAUUUUUGUUGAUGCAGAUCAGGUUGUACGUGCUGAUGUCAAGGACCUGAAUAAUGAAGAGCUUGAUGGAGCUCCCUAUGGAUUUGUGCCUUUCUGUGAAUCACGCAAGGAAAUUGAAGGAUUCAGGUUCUGGAAACAAGGUUAUUGGCGCAAUCACCUAGCUGGAAGAAAGUACCACAUCUCCGCUCUGUUUGUUGUUGAUCUGAAAAAGUUCCGUAGGAUUGCAGCAGGCGACCGACUCAGAGGCCAGUACCAAGGGCUUUCACAGGAUCCCAACUCACUUUCAAACUUGGAUCAGGACCUUCCUAAUAACAUGAUACAUCAAGUGCGUAUUAAGUCAUUACCUCAAGAUUGGCUCUGGUGUGAGUCUUGGUGUGAUGAUGAAUCAAAGAAAAGUGCCAAGAUUAUUGAUUUGUGUAAUAACCCAAUGACCAAGGAAGCAAAAUUAGUGGCUGCGCAGAGAAUAAUUCCAGAAUGGACUGAAUAUGAUAAUGAAAUAAAGGCUGUAUUAAAAGGAUUCAAAGAAAAUAAAUCAUUUGCAGAGGAACAGCCUAGUCAAUCACCUCAUAUAGAACUAUGAUACUCAUGUAUGGGGGUAAUGUUUUGUAAGUAAUGUUUAUAGAUGUCGUAUGAUUUAUUUAUGAACAUAUCCAAUGUUAAAAGUGUAAGUUUUCAUGCAGUUCAUUGAAAAUCAUUGUCAUUCUUAGAACAUUCAUUUAAGAUGUAAAUUUUUUGGUAUUUGUGUAAUUAAAGGCAUUUUUUUAUUUAUACAUUCCUUUGAUAAUUGCGAUUGUUCUGUUCAGCAAACAUGGAUAUGAUAGUGGUAAAACAUUUUUAAUGUCAAAGUUAUUUUUCUUUUCUUUUUUUUAUAAAAAUCUAAUAAAAAAUAAAUAAAGGAUGAAAUCUUU